AUGAGAUUCCACAGCGAUUUGAAAAAUAUUCGCACAUUUGCCAAGCUCACGGCCGCAUUCUCCGCCUUGGAGAAGCUGGUAUGGCUGCGCCUGAGCGAUGACACGGCGCAUUUCACCGUCGUGCCGGACACAGGAUCGCAAAUUUGGUCGGCGCUGCCAAUGGACUUCCUCUUCGAAAACUGCACCAUCCAGUCCGCCGAGCCAGGCAACACCAUCAAUCUGGAACUUUCCCUCCAGCCGCUCCAUCGCGCCCUCAAAUCCGCCCAGAACAGCAUCUCAGCUUCUCUGCGCCUCACCAAGAAGAAGGGCGUGCCUGUGCUAUCCAUGACCAUCACUACCACCACAUCCAGGCCGUCCCACGGAAAUGCACCUGCGCCCUCCAGGCCAACUCACGACGAUCCCUUCGGCGACGACGACGACUUUUCGUCAGCCCAUCUCGAGACUUCUCUACGGAGAGAACACGAGAAGAUCAUCACCCAGGAUAUUCCCAUCCGAGUGCUCCAUCCAGACACCGUUGCCUCGACCGUCCAGCCCGUGCUGCAGGAGCCUGAUGUGCACAUUCAGCUGCCGCCCCUCCUCCAGCUAAAGUCCAUCUCGGACCGCUUCACCAAGCUCGCCCUCGCUUCCAACGGCUCCAACAAAUCUCCCAGGCUCGAAAUCAGCGCAAACAUGCACGGCGGCUUGCGUGUGCGCAUCGCCACCGAGACGGCGGACAUCUCCAGCGCCUGGACGGAUCUCGAUAACCCGGAGCUAGAUCCGGCCCAGCUCAGGGUCCCCAUCGAGGAUCACCCUAGUACGAAGUUUCGCGACCGUGGACCUGACUCUUGGGCUUCGAUUUAUGUGGACGGGAAGGACUGGAGCAGAGUCCUUAGUGCAGGUAGACUUGAGGGGAGAGUCAUUGCAUGUUUCUGUCAUAAUCAUUCUUUGGUCUUGUACGUCUAUAUACCGCAUUACGAUGAUGCAGGCGGGGACGAUGCAGUUCUAACGUAUCAUGUCCAAGCAUACACUGCAUAA